AACACUGAUUUAAUUUCACCCUUGGUUGGUCAUUACUUGAUUCUUGAACAAUGAAGUGUAUCAUUUUUAUUUUUCUUUGUCUCCACCUUUCAGAGGGGCUGGUGAGAGUCCCAUUGAAAAGAUUCAAAUCCACCAGAGAGACAAUGAAGGAGAAUGGGGUCCUGGAUGACUUUUUAAAGACACACAAGAGAGAGCCAGCCAUAAAAUACAACUGGAAUAGGCAAAAUAACUUUGGUGUAGCCUAUGAACCAAUGUACCUGGAUACUUAUUACUUUGGGGAAAUCAGUAUUGGAACACCACCACAAAACUUCUUGGUUGCUUUUGACACCGGUUCCUCUAAUCUUUGGGUGGCCUCUACAUAUUGCCAGAGCCAAGCCUGCACCAAUCACCCACUGUUUAACCCUAGUCUGUCCUCUACCUAUACAUCCAAUAACCAACAGUUCUCUAUGUGGUAUGGCAGUGGGAGUAUGACAGGAGUACUAGGAUAUGACACAGUAACAGUACAAGGUUUGUCCAUCCAGAAUCAGGAGUUAGGACUCAGUGUCACUGAACCAAGCAGCUUCUUUUAUUACUCCAAAUUUGAUGGUAUAUUUGGGAUGGCCUAUCAGUCGCUAUCUGCAGGUGGAGCCACUACUGCUGUUCAAGGCCUGAUACAGCAAAAUCUAAUCCCACAGGCUGUCUUCAGCUUCUACCUUACUGGUCAAUCAGGAGAGGUGAUAUUUGGGGGUGUGGAUAACAGCCUGUACUCUGGACAGAUCUACUGGACUCCUGUCACUCAGGAGAUUUACUGGCAGAUUGCAAUUGAUGAGUUUUCAGUGAAUGGACAGGCAACUGGCUGGUGCAGUCAGGGAUGUCAAGGCAUUGUAGACACAGGAACACCUCUGUUAACCAUACCCCAGCAAUAUUUGAGCACGCUUUUACAAUACGUUGGUGCACAGAAAGCACAGAAUGGAGAGUUUCUGGUAAAUUGCAAUAAUGUACAGAACUUGCCUCCCAUCAGCUUCACCAUCAGUGGAAAUCAGUUCUCCAUCCCUCCUUCUGCAUACAUCCUUCAGAUAAAUGGAUAUUGCGUGGUUGGGUUUGAGUCAACAUACCUUCCUUCUCGUAAUGGACAGCCACUGUGGAUACUGGGAGAUGUUUUCCUACGUCAGUACUACUCUGUCUAUGACUUUGCCAAUAAUCAGGUUGGCUUUGCUAGUAUGGCCUAAACCAAAGAAACUGGGUAAAGUUCCUCUAAGAAGUUUGAUAAAAAGAGCUGUGAACAACCAUCAUACCAGGAAAAUAGUAAUAUUGUGAGAUAUGCACAAUAAAGAAAUAUUACAGGACAUUUAAUGAUACAUUUAUUCCUAUCCAAAUAAAUUUAAACACAAUAACUUA